AUGGAUUAUCCAUACGAGAACUCUCAGAACGCUGCUCCAGCCAUCCCUACCAUGGCCGAGCACCGGAAAGUCGGUGUCUCCUGCCAGAAAGGAGACAUCCAAACUGUCACGAAACGACUCCAAUCCGAACUUAUGAGCCUCAUGAUGUCUCCUACCCCGGGCAUGUCUGCCUUCCCUGACUCCGACGGCAACAUGCUGCACUGGACCGCCACCUUGGAGGGCCCUAGAGACACCGCCUACGAGAACCUCACGUUCAAGCUGCGCUUCGAAUUCCCCACCAACUAUCCCUACUCUGCCCCCGACGUCACAUUCAAGACCCCGGUCUACCAUCCGAACAUCGACUUCAGUGGACGGAUAUGCCUCGAUAUUCUAAAGGAGAAUUGGAGCGCUGUCUACAAUGUCCAAACUGUGCUGCUGAGCUUGCAGGGUCUUCUGGAAGAGCCGAACAAUAAAAGCCCGUUGAACAGCGAAGCGGCCACGCUUCACCAGACUGACCUCGAGGAAUUCAAGCGAAAGGUGUUGGCUCGCCAUCAGGAUCUCAAGGACUAA